AUGACUGAAACGAUGUCGAGUACGCUGGGGCAGAAUAUCAAUCUCAAGUCUCGCUCGCCUGAUCGCCAUAACCUGUCCGACCGUGAAAUCACCGGCACUCGCUCCUUAUUUAAACUUGUUCGUGGUUACCUUUCUGGGCUGGUAGCUCACUUAAAGUCGAUCGUACAACGGUGCAUAUAUAUGAUCGCAUGGCCAAAAUCUCCAGUAUUGGACGAGAACGUAACAGAUGUGCCAGAAAGCGGCGAACCAUCUUUGUUGCUCCUAACGGCUUACGGCCUCCGGCUAGAUUACAGUAACAUCAGUGGCAUAAUCACCGUCUAUGCUGACUCGCGCUCGCAUCUCCAGAAAAUUAAGAGCGGGGAAAAGAUGGAAGCUGGAAUAACCACAUCAACACGCUAUGGUUAUCGGAUAUUCCCCGACUGGCAAACUUCAUACCUUUGGUAUGAUCCUCUGUGGCCCCAGAAUCCCAGCGAUGAAAGCCACGUCGACGAAAAGACGAUCGAGGAUCGUUAUCCUACUCUGGCACCUUUCUAUUUGGCCUGGAGAGACGUCUAUGAAAGAGCAUUUGAGCAACAAGGAUGUGAUAUGGGCAGUGGGUUGGAGCCCUUCCCCGACACUGCUGAUCGUGUAGCCUGGGAGGUAGAAGGCUUUCUGAUCGCUUGCUGGCUAGGGCUGCAGGACGAUACCGAACAAGUGUUGUAUACACUUCCGACGGGCACCUAUCAGAUUGAUAUGAAGACCAAAGACUUGGUUUUGCGGCAGUUCCUGAUAGAUGAGGACAACCUCCUCAGACGUGACGAUCGCUGA